AUUGAAAGUCAUGCUGUAAUUGCGGCAAUAUUCAAUUCUUCCCUGCAAUAUGGCAGCUCUACUCGUGCUUCUCUCGCUCCUGUUGCUCCUCCAGCACGGUGUCUGUGGUUUGUCAAGGGAACGUCUCUCUCGGGAACUAGGACUUCGGCUAUCGCAGUCAGCUUCGAUUACAACGUGGAGUGCAGAGGAGUAUCCGCGUUUCAGUGAGUAUGGAGCCCCUCGGCCCGGUGCCGUGGUCACUCCAGCCACGGAGCAAGAUGUUGCCAUCAUAGUCGAGUAUUGCACCUCGAACGAUAUUUCAUUCCUGGCUCAGAACGGUGGGCAUUGGUGGGCAACCACAUUCCACCUGGGAUCUGAUGGGCUCCUUAUUAUCCUUCGAGACUUAAACUGGGUCACUUUCAAUAGCGACAAAACCGAGGUCACGGCGGGAGGGGGAGCUCUCGUUUCACAUGUUAUAGAUGCCGCGUCUGAGAAUAACGUUCUCGUUCAUACUGCUAACUGCAACUGUGUCGGCAUCCUGGGCGCUCUCCUUGGCGGUGGGUAUGGAAAUCUCAUGGGCCAGUACGGAUUUGCAGUCGACAACGUUCUGUCGUUCAAUGCAGUUUUGGCUGACGGACACUUGCGCACGAUUACAUCCGAGGACAAGGAUCUCUUUUGGGCGUUUCGUGGCGCCGGCUCCAACUUUGGCAUCGUCACAUCUGUGACACUCAAAGCGCACCCCGUUUCGCCUUCGGAUCAGACGGGAUGGACAGGCAUGCUCAGCUACUCCCAUGACAAGGUUGAGAAAGUAGUGGAGGCGAUCAAGACGACUCACUGGCAGCCACAAAUGAGCAUCAUCUUGUAUUACACAACGACUGGCUCUCCGAACCAUGCGCCUAGGGUUGCCGUUUCGCCAUUCUAUCAUGGCACGGCGGAGGAGGGAAGAUCUGCAUUCUCCUCAUUCUUCGACCUCGAUCCAAUUCACGACACCAUGCUCGAGGUGCAAUAUCCUCAUUGGAACGAUGGCACAGAUGGUUCCUGUAGCAAGACUGCUUACCAGCCAGCGUAUGCAGCGGGCCUCGCAACGCUGGAUGUCAACACAUGGAAAAAGGUGUGGGACGAAUACGUUUCGUUCGUCUCGCUGAAUGGUACCCACGAAACGACAAUUAUGAUGGAAGCAUACCCCCUGGAGAAAGCCCGCUCUUUGCCUGAGUCGUCGUCUGCAUAUGCCUGGAGAAACAAGGUCAACUUCAAUGCCAUGGCUAUCCCAUCUUACCAUGACACCAAACUUGAUUCUGCUGCUGUGGCUUGGGCUUCUAAGGUCCGCGAUAUGUGGAGGGCCACCGAUGGUCUUGAUUCACCGGCUGUAUACAUUAACUUUGCUCAUGGCGACGAAGAUCUGUCUGUUGUGUAUGGUCAGAACGUCGAUCGGCUGAAAGCCAUCAAGGCAUCAGUGGACCCGACCAAUAUCUUCAACCAGUCUUUCGUAUUGUAA